AUGACUCGGGAAGGCAAGUACCCCGCCAAAGCCCACGCGGCAAAAGUGCUCGCCCACUUCACCACGCUCUCGCCCGCGUCCUUCGCUCCAUCGACGCCCGCGCCGCUCUUCCUGCUAGCCUCACCGCGCAGCAAACUCUGGCCGUUCUGCGACCAAUCGCAGCCGUUUCGGCAGAAUCGGUUCUUUUACUACUUGUCGGGGUGUAAUCUGCCGGAUUGCUAUCUGGUGUUUGACACCGCGACGGGUAAGCUCGUUCUGUAUCUGCCCGAGGUGGAUAAGGACGAUGUGAUUUGGAGCGGCAUGCCUCUCUCGAUCGACGAGGCGAAAGCCGAAUUCGACGUCGACGACGUGCGGUACUUCCCCUUCCUCGCGACCGACCUUUCCGCGCUGUCUCCACGAACAGUAUUCACGAUCGAAGACCUCGCAAAGACGGCAGACGACCACACCGCGCUUCUCUCCUCGCUCGGAAGCAAGACCGCAAUCACCGCCGGCGCGCCGGAGUUCCUCGAAGCACUCGAGGAAGCACGGCUGAUCAAGGACGACUACGAGCUCGCGCUGAUGCGCAAGGCGUCCGAGAUUUCUGACAACGCGCAUUACAAGGUCAUGUCGACGUUGACGCUCGCGUCGAACGAGACGCAUAUCCACGCAGAGUUUAUAUACCACUCGAUUCGUGCCGGGUCCAAGAACCAGUCAUAUGACCCGAUCUGCUGCUCGGGCCGGUCGUGCUCGACGCUGCACUACAUCAAGAACGACGAGCCGCUGGGCGGGCGGCAGUUAGUGCUCCUCGACGCGGGCGCGGAAUGGAAGAAUUAUGCGUCAGAUGUCACGCGGACGUUUCCUAUCGACGGCAAUUGGACGACGGAGGCGCUCGCGGUAUACGAGCUGGUAGCAAAGAUGCAGGCCGCGUGCUGCGAGCGUGUGGCGCCAGGGGUGGAGUGGGAUAGUCUCCAUUUACUCGCGCACGAGCUUCUCAUCGCCGGUUUUCUCGAGCUGGGGAUCUUCAAGCCCGGCGCGGACGCAGACAAGAUCCUCGCCUCGCGCGUGUCGUCUGCGUUUUUCCCGCACGGGCUCGGGCACACGCUCGGAAUGGACACGCAUGACACGGCAGGCCGGGCGAACUACGCGGAUCCGGACCCGAUGUUUCGGUACCUGCGCAUACGGCGCAAGCUCGAGGCGGGAAUGGUGGUAACCGUCGAGCCGGGGAUUUAUUUCUCGCCGUUCCAGAUCGCGGAGUGGAAGGAGAAGGCGUGCUGGGCGGAGUUUGUGGAUGAAGAUGUGCUGGAUAAGUAUUGGGAUGUCGGCGGGGUGCGGAUAGAGGACGAUGUGCUGGUGACUGAGGAUGGGUAUGAGAACUUUACAAAGAUUACAAAGGACCCGGAGGAGAUUUCGAAGAUUAUCAAGAGUGGCGGUGGUCUUUAA